GGUAUCGGUCAGCAGGACGAGUCUCAGUUACUUCGUACCAUCUUCGAGCCUUCAUUCUGCGGACGAAGGCAACCCAGCAAUUUCAUCAUUUGGUACUAUGGGCGAGUGAGGCAUGGUCAGCAUGUCUAGCGAGCGUCUGGGUGUAAGGAGGAAGGCAGAAGCUAAUAAUGGUCAGCCCACCACGGGCGCGGCGGCUCCGGUGGAGGAAACCCCGAACCACAUCGUCUAUAAGCGGAUGGAGAAGAUCGUGGAACAGAUGCAGCAGGAGGAGACAGGAGUUCCGGUGAGAACAGUGAAGAGCUUCAUGACGAAGAUUCCGUCGGUGUUCACGGGCGCAGAUCUGAUCACGUGGAUGAUGCGCAACCUCGACGUGGAAGAUCAGACAGCAGAAGCUUUGCACUUGGCUCACCUCAUGGCGGCCCAUGGUUAUUUCUUCCCCAUCGACGACCAUGUCUUGACUGUCAAAAACGACUCUACCUUCUACCGGUUCCAGACUCCCUAUUUUUGGCCUUCCAACUGUUGGGAACCUGAAAACACAGACUAUGCUGUCUACCUGUGCAAAAGGACGAUGCAAAACAAGGCGAGACUCGAACUAGCCGACUACGAAGCCGAGAACCUGGCGCGACUACAGAAGAUGUUCAGCCGGAAAUGGGAGUUCAUCUUCAUGCAGGCUGAAGCACAGAGCAAAGUGGACAAGAAGAGGGACAAGCUGGAGAGGAAGGUCCUGGACUCACAAGAAAGGGCCUUCUGGGACGUCCACCGACCAGUGCCCGGCUGUGUGAACACAACGGAAAUAGACAUUAAGAAGGCGUGCCGGAUGAACAAGCCUAUCAAAUCCACCAAGCACCUGGCACUCGGCCUUGCCGGGGGGCGGAUAUCCCCCUCGGUGUCAGAGGCUGACCUCCUGACGCCUAUGGACUCCAUCAAGCAGGACAUCGAUCUCCUGAGGACAAGGAUCGACCGCUGUAACUUCAAAGUCUCUAAGGCGGCCGAGUCGUUCAUCAGCUACUGGGAGCAGUACCAGGAAUACGACCCUUUCAUCACUGCAACAGACCCACCCAACCCCUGGGUGACCGACUGCCCGGAGUUUUGGGAAGGAGAAAAAUUAGGGAAAGAAAUUCCAACUAAACGGGUUAGACGGUGGGCCUUCAGUGUACAAGAACUCCUCAAGGACCCCAUAGGACGCGAGCAGUUCGUCAAAUUUCUCGAAAAGGAAUUUAGCGGCGAGAACCUCAUGUUCCUCAAUGCCGUGCAGGAGCUGAAAUGCCUCCCGCAGAAAGAUGUCAACGACAAGGUCCAAGCCAUAUGGGACCAGUUCCUCGCCUCCAACGCCCCUGUUCCGGUUAACAUUGAUUCGAAGUCCAUGAACAUCACCAAAAAGAAUAUGCAGAAUAGAGACCGCUGGACUUUCGACGCUGCUGCUGCUCAUCUCUACCACCUGAUGAAGUCAGACAGCUACUCGCGUUAUUUGCGCUCAGAAAUGUACAAAGAAUUCCUCAGCGGGAGCAGGAAAAAGACCUCGGUGAAAGGCAUCAGGUCUAUAGUUAACUUCAGCAAAGGGAAGGACGGACCACCUCUUUCCUAGUAGAGACUGGAGCGGUCCUGCAUGCUUCCUUCCAUCCCCAGCUGACUGGGAAAUCGUUUAUGAUUCCUAAGCUCUCCACUCUGAACAUCGGCACGAACAGUUAGCUGGCCCGAGUCUAAGCAGGGUGUUCAAGGUGUCCAUGGUCCGCCGAGUGAGUGAGAGGCUGCCAUUAUGAGUGUGUGUCCCGGUGGCCGCCACGAUGCACCUUGCCUUGGACUGCGUGUUGCUGUUUUUUGGCCUACCAUGCCUCCGACGCCCCUCAUGGUUCACUGACGCUGCGGAGAGACAUACGUGUCCAGGAUCCAUAUCUCCAUUCCCACACGUUCGAGGUUUACACAGCUGUAAAUAUGUCGUCAAGUUUAAACCAAAGAAUGUCCUAGGGGGCGAACAGAGCGAGUGCUGAUGGCCGCGCUCGCCAGGUCGCGAAGCACACCCAACGCCAAGAAGAAGGACAAAGGGAAUUAGUUCUCAUCCGCUCGUGUCAAUAAUCAUGUACAGAGCUUGCAAGCGGCGUCGGAAGGCCCCUCGAGUCCACCCUCUCCUGCCCGGUCCUGUUGCGGAUCGCCACCUCGACCCUACGACCUAGGACGUCCGCGAGUGACAUCGGGUGUCGGAUUCCUUCUCUUCUUUUUUUU